UGAGACACCGACACGGGUCGGGAGCUGCCCCUGUCAGCCGCGUCCCGUGGGCAGGCCGCGGCGGCAGCCUCUCUCCCGAAUGUGAUCAAGGGGCCGCUGCCGCUGCCUGACUCCGGCCCCAGCCCAGCCUCCCGCCGCCUCAGACAGAGCACGAUGGCUCUGAUCGGAGAAGAGGACUACACCUAUAUUUACAACGAUCUUUCUCACCCUGUGGAUUUCCUGCAGGCUUUCAGAACAUUUUACCGGGAUGGCUUAUUUACUGACAUUACUCUUCUGUGUGCUUCUGGUGUGAUCUUCCUUUGCCACAAAGCUGUUUUAGCUGCUUGUAGCAAUUAUUUUAAGGCAAUGUUCACAGCUGACCUGAAAGAAAAAUCUAAAAAUCAGAUCAAACUUCCUGGGGUCAGCCACACUAUAUUGGACUCUCUUGUGAAUUAUGCAUACACGUCACAAAUCCAAAUAACAGAGAAAAAUGUUCAAAGUCUCCUCCAAGCUGCCGAUCUGCUCCAGUUUGUGUCAGUAAAGAAAGCCUGUGAGCAGUUUCUGGUAAGGCAUGUAGAUACUGUCAACUGCAUAGGGAUGCACUCCUUUGCAGAGUAUCACCUUUGUUCAGAGCUAGAGAAAGAAUCUAGGAGGAUAUUGUUAUCAAGAUUUGAAGAAGUGUGGAGGCAUGAAGAAUUUCUGGAUAUCAGCUGUGAGAAACUCCUGUUUAUUCUCUCCAGAGACAAUCUCAAUGUUUGGAAAGAAGAGGCAGCCAUAGAACCUGUAGCUAAAUGGAUAGCAUAUGAUGUGGAGAAAAGAAUUGAAUACAUUUUUGAUCUACUGAACUGCCUCAAAAUAGAUUUAAAUGAAAUAUAUUUAAGAUCAGCCUUAAGCUUACGAAAGAAACACCAGCUUAAUGAAAACAAGAUAAGGUCUCUGAUAUCCAGUGCAUUAAACACCAACCCAAAAGACAUUUCCAGAAGGCCCACAGCAGCUAUGUAUGUGAUUGGAGGAUAUUACUGGCAUCCUUUAUCAGAAGUCCAUGUGUGGGAUCCUUUAACUAAUGCUUGGAUACAGGGAACAGACAUGCCUGAUUACACAAGGGAGAGCUAUGGGGUCACUAGUUUGGGACCCAACAUUUAUGUAACGGGGGGCUAUAGAAGCGACAACAUAGAAGCCCUUGAUAUUGUGUGGAUAUAUAACAGUGAAACUGACCAAUGGACAGAAGGCUGCCCCAUGCUUAAUGCAAGGUACUAUCACUGUGCAGUUACCUUGGGCGGCUGUGUCUAUGCUUUAGGGGGCUACAGAAAAGGGGCUCCAGCACAAGAAGCAGAAUUCUAUGAUCCUUUAAUAAAGAAAUGGAUUCCCAUUGCAAACAUGAUCAAAGGUGUUGGAAAUGCCACAGCCUGUGUCCUGUGUGAUGUCAUCUAUGUAAUUGGAGGCCACUAUGGUUACAGGGGAAGCUGCACCUAUGACAAAAUUCAGAGCUACCAUUCAGGUAGCAAUGAAUGGAGAAUAGUCACUACAAGUCCACAUCCAGAAUAUGGAUUGUGUUCCAUUGCCUUACAAAACAAGCUCUAUCUUGUGGGUGGACAAACCGCAAUCGCUGACUGCUAUGACCCAGAACAUAAUGAAUGGAGGCAGAUGGCACAUACGAUGGAAAGAAGGAUGGAAUGCGGUGCAGUUGUCAUGAAUGGAUGCAUCUAUGUAACAGGAGGAUAUUCUUAUUCAAAAGGAACAUAUCUGCAGAGUAUUGAGAAAUAUGAUCCUGAGCUUAAUAAAUGGGAAGUAGUCGGCAAUCUUCCCAGUGCUAUGCGUUCACAUGGUUGUGUCUGUGUGUACAAUGUCUAACACAAUCUGAAUAUCAUAUGUCUGUUGCAAGAGAUAAGCAAGUACAGUAUCUGUACUAGUUCAGAUUACCUCUUCAGCAAUGUAUUUAAUACAACCCAUUACUCACAUUUAAUAUAAAUCUGUAUACAAACCAGUAUUUAUUAAAAU